AUGACAAUGUACUUCGAUAGAUGGUUAGCCAUGGCAGAUGUGAAUCAAACAUAUGAAGCAAUUAGAAACUACAUCAUACUUGACACAGUAAUUAAUGCAUACAGUGAUCAAGUCCAAGUAUUUGUGAAGGAACGUUGCCCUCGAACCUUGGACGCAUUAACAACACUGAUUCGGCUAUACAAAACAGCUCAUCCAAACCAGAUAUUAUCCAGGCCAACUACAGUACAAACAGCAUUUUUCGCAACAACUAAAACUAACAAUUCGAGAUUGAAAACCAAUGUUGAAUAUGGAAGAACGGACAAGAGAUACAAUGGACAACAAAACACAAAAAAAGUAAAUGAUAAUUCAUCACCAUACUGUGAAAUUUGCGGAAAGAAUAACCAUAGAGCUGACAAUUGCUAUUUCAGAAAUUCCAACAAACCUCAAACUCACAAUACCGAUACAACUCGAAAAUUACCAAUGCAGUAUAAGCCAGUGAAUAAAGUUUUUUUUUGCAGAGAUUCAACAGGGCGAUGUCCUUAUUUGACAGGAUGGUACAAAACAUUAGUAUUAGAUCAGCCUCUGGACGGCACUGACUUGAUUAUUGGAAACAUCACUGAUGUCAAAGAUUGUACAAGAUCUGAUGUCAUACAGUGGCAGAAUAACCAUGAAGUAAACAGGUCCAUGUUGGAAGAUCCUUCUUUAAAAAAAUUGAUUCAGCAUCGAAGAAAAGAUCCAAAUGCCUUGAUCAUGAAACAAGAGUAUGGAGAACUAGCUAAUGAGUGUUCAGAUGUUUACUAUUCAUAUGGCAAAGCUUUGUUGGAACUUCAUGGAUUGGAAUCCACAACUCUUGGAAACGUUUUGAAAAGCGAUGAUGAAAAUGAUGAUGAUGAAAAUGAUGAAAUCAAGGAAUGCAAAGAUAAGAAUGAUGACAACAGUUCGGCUCAUAGUGGGGCAUCGAAAGGAUUGGUUGAUGAAGAAUGUGAAAAAACUCGUAACACUCCUAUACAUCUGGUGUUCGUAUUUUCGAGUCGAUGGUAUCUGUCAGACAUAUGUGUAGUGUUGCUGGAAACUGUCAUGUUCAUGGCAGCUUCAUAUUUGUCGAUCGUCUGUGCCAAUACGUCAUGA